UUUCCCCCAAAAGCAGAACAUAUCCCCAAGCAAGAAGUGCAGAGCAGCAACCAGCAGCAAGAAGAAGUAGGCAAGUGCCCCAAGCCCCCAAGCAACUCGCGCCGGCCCUGUCCUCGUUUCCUCUCCAUUCCACGCUCAUCCCGCCACACCACCACUGUCUCUCCUCUUCUUCCCAAGAAAGAAGCAUCACAGGACAGCCCGGGCAGCCGAUAUCCGCCAUGUCUGCGUCGCCGGAGUUCUACAAGCCCGCGCCGCCGGCGUUCUCGCCGUGCAGCUCGCCGCUUCUCCUGCACGGCGCAGGGGCGGGAGUGGCGCCGGAGGAGAGCGCCGCCGCCGCCGCGGCGACCGUGUGGCAGGAGGAGGACUACCGGUGCCGGACGCCGACGAGCGGGGAGAGCCAGGUGAAGCCGCCCGGGACGUGCCCGCCGGCACCGCGGAAACCGCGGGCGCCCGCGGCCCCCGCGCCGUGCCGGAAGCGGCUGUUCGAGGUGGAGGUGUUCAGCCUGCGGCUGGAGGAGCUGGAGCGGCUCUUCUGGCGCCCGCACCCGACGCCCCCGCCCGCCCAGAAGAAGCGCCGGAGGGUGGCCUGCCCGGAGCCCAAGAAGAAGAGGUAGCUAGUAGAGUAGCAGCUCGCGAUGCUAGUAGUAGAGUAGCAGCUGGAGCAAGCCAAGCGGCUUUGGCUUGUGCAGCUGGACCAGUUUAGGAAGUGCAUGGUAGGAUGUUAGGAGUACUGCGUUUUUACUGCUGUACUUGUACUACUAUAUCUCUCUCUAAUCUCUAUAGCUAGUUCUACAUACUUGUACUGGUUUAGUGUAUGUGAUGAUAGUAUUGUUAUGGCUUCAAGGUUUAGUGUGAUAGGCAGGCAGCUGCAUGCCUGAAUCCGCUUCCAUGUGUAAUAGCCUGUGUAUUGAGAAGCUCAGUUGUACCACUAGCAUCAUACAGCAACUGCCAUCCGAGUUCCCAAUGGACAAUAGCUUUCUCUUG